GAGAGAUUUGUCACCUCCCAUAGCCCAGAGCCCGUUCGAGUACGGGUACGAGUAGGGUACUCGAGUAGGUAGCUGCCAUGGUUCCGGUUCCCGACCUCCAUCCGGCCAUCUGCAGACCUCCUCACCCAACUACGACACCUCCCCCCCUACAAGCUCCCUUAAAAACCUCCUUCCAUCUUCCUCCAGAAGCAAAGCUCAACGUCACUGAUUGUUACCAACAACAUCACUACACCUUUCGCAACAAUAAACACACGAGAUCUUCUAACUCUACAUAACAAAGAUCAUGUCUUCCGCUACCACUUUCUAUGAUCUUGAGCCCCUUGACUCUAGAAAUCAACCCUAUACCUUCAACCAGUUGAAAGGGAAGGUGGUUCUCAUUGUCAAUGUUGCUAGCAAGUACCAAUACGAGGGCCUUGAGAAACUUUACGAGAAGUACAAAGACCAGGGGCUCGAAGUGCUUGGAGCCAGGGACAGACGAGGAGAUCCAAGAUGUAAGAGGGUCAAUUACGGCGUUAAGUUCCCUGUUCUCGCCAAGAUCGACGUCAACGGGGGUGAUGCUUCUCCGGUCUACAAAUGGCUCAAAGAUGAGAAGGCGGGCCUUUUGGGAAUAAAGCUCAUAAAAUGGAACUAUGAGAAAUUCCUCGUUUCCAGGGAAGGAAAGGUGGUUGACCGCUAUGCCUCCACUACGAAGCCCGACUCGUUGGCCUCUGCUAUCGAGAAGGAGCUCAAUAAGGGCACUCCCCCGAAAGCUGAAUUGUAGCUACGCGCGGGGAUGACUCGUGGUGGUUUUUCUCUGCAUUCGCGUGUUUUGUAACAGUAGGCUCCGGUGGUAGGCUUAAUAGCGAUCGUGCAAAGAA